UAAAUAUUAAAAUUUUUUAAUUGCAACCAAGCAUUAAAUUGUUUUAUUUGUGUAAAAUAAUUAAAUUUAUACAACUUAUUAUAUAUAAAAAUACACACAGAAAAUGGAGGUUAAAACAAAUGAAACUAAUGGAAGAGUCACAACCACGGUCUCAAUAGAACUCUCCAAUAACAAUGAAAAAAAGUCCGAUGACAAAGUUGAUGGCGUUGAUGGAGCAGUAGAUGGGGAUAAUGAAAGAGAAAGGCCUAAUUGGGGCAAUGGUCUUGAGUUUCUCAUGUCAUGCAUAUCAAUGUCUGUGGGUUUAGGCAAUGUAUGGCGAUUUCCCUUUACAGCCUAUGAAAAUGGUGGCGGAGCAUUUCUUAUACCCUAUUUGGUUGUAUUAUUUUUUAUUGGCAAACCAAUGUAUUAUUUGGAAAUGAUAUUGGGACAAUUUUCAAGUAAAGGUUCUGUAAAAAUAUGGUCCAUAUGUCCAUCGUUUUUGGGUGUUGGCUAUGGCCAGGCCUUUGGCACAAUAUGUGUUAUUACCUAUUAUUCCUCUCUCAUUUCUCUAACACUCUAUUACAUGGUGGUCUCAUGCCAAGCGAUAUUACCCUGGACUUAUUGUCGGGAGGAAUGGGGUCUGGAUUGUUUGGAUUCAUUGCCAAAACCAGAUUCAAUACAACAUCAUAAUGCAUCACAUAAAUUAACAAGUAGUUCGGAGUUGUAUUUUACUGAAAUCGUUGCUAAAGAAAAAUUACAAAUAUCGGAUGGUUUGGGUAUGCCAAAUUUAUAUUUAACUAUUACCUUGUUUGUUUCAUGGGUGGUUAUAUUUUUGGUCAUACGUCAGGGUGUGAAAAGUUCCGGAAAGGCGGCCUAUUUUCUGGCAAUAUUUCCAUAUAUAGUGUUGCUUGCUCUGCUAAUACGCAGUGUUACGCUGGAGGGCGCUGUUGAUGGUAUUGUCUUCUUUUUAAAUCCACAAUGGAGUGAGCUACUUAAUUUGAAGGUUUGGAAAGAGGCCGUUGUACAAUGUUUCUUUUCGUUAGCCGUAGGUGUGGGUCCCAUCAUAAUGUUCUCUUCGUACAACCGGUUUGAUCAUACAAUUUAUAGAGACGCCAUGAUUGUAACUAGUUUGGAUACCGUUACCAGCAUGUUAGCUGGCAUAACAAUAUUCGGUAUUUUGGGAAAUUUGGCUCAUAAUCUCAAUAUUACCAAUAUCAAGGAGGUGGUUCAAAGCGGUACCGCCUUGGCUUUCAUUUCAUAUCCCGAUGCUAUAGCCAAAUUUCAAGCCAUACCUCAAUUUUUUGCUGUACUUUUCUUCUUUAUGUUAUUCGUAUUGGGAGUGGGCUCGAUUGUGGCUCUUCAGAGUACGAUUGUUACAAUAAUAUGUGAUCAAUACAAAUCAUUAAAAUAUUGGGUGGUAGCCUUGAUAACAUCGAUUUGUGGUUUUCUAUUGGGAGUGGUUUAUGUGACACCGGGCGGCCAAUGGAUUUUAAAUUUGGUGGAUUUUUAUGGUGGCACUUAUGUGAUAUUCGCCUUGGCGAUAUUUGAAAUUGUUGGCGUCAUUUGGAUUUAUGGCUUGCAAAACUUCUGUGAUGAUGUUGAAUUUAUGACCCACAGGAAGGUUUCCAUGUACUGGCGUAUCUGCUGGUCAUUUUUGACACCCAUAAUGAUGUUGAUUAUAUUCAUCUAUUCCAUGAUAACAAUAGAGCCUUUAACAUAUAAAGGAUUUGUUUAUCCGGAUUCUGCAAACGCUGCCGGUUGGAUAAUCUUUAUUAUUGGUGUUCUUCAAUUCCCUCUGUGGGGACUUUGGUAUAUUAAAAGUCAUUAUAAAGAAUCAUUCCUAACAGUAAGUUUUUGA